UCAAAUGAAAAAGUAAAGCCUGGUCGUAUUGCAUUGAAUUUGUAAUUUAUAUUUUGGUUUGAGAGCAUGAAGUCUCUUUGGUUAGUUCCAUGCAAACUCUUAUAAUAUUCAUAUCAAUGUCUCCAAUCACUGUCUCUCCAUCAGCUUCCACCUCACCAAUCUCUUUCUUCUUUAUAUUAUUUUUAUUUUAUUAUUUUCUCUCAUGCAUGGAUUUCGUUUUGAAUUUGCCAAUUCUGGAAUUGAAAACACUAAAUGAGAGUGAUGGGUUCCAAACUUCUCAUUGCACGAGGUAACCAUUUUUUUGUCUCUCCUUUUUUUAAAGAUAGUAAAACUUGACAAUUUGUUGAAGAAACAUGUUGAGCUUGGGUCCAUGCACGUUGAUGAUGACAUGAGAUGAGAUAAAUGAAAGGAUCUUAAGGUUGACAUGGAUCGUGGUGGUGACAUUAUCCAAAUCAGUCCAUACAAGGACAAUGAAGGCCAUAAGGAAAAGGAACCGAUUUUCUUACAUGGUGACUUGGAUAUGUUGAUAAUAGAAGCGAAGUCUCUUCCAAAUUUAGAUUUAUCCGGUGAAGCUGUUAGAAAAUGUAUGACUAUGGGCAACAUGUGCCAUCCUCCGUUUAUGAAAGGACGAAAGUCACACUCUGGAAAAGAGAAGAUGAUAACUAGUGACCCUUAUGUCUCUGUGUGCCUAGCUGGGGCUACCAUAGCUAGGACUAGAGUGAUUCCUAACUGUGAGAACCCUUUGUGGGAGGAGCAAUUUGUUGUGCCUGUUGCUCACCCUGCUCAAAAAGUGGAGUUCCUUGUGAAGGAUAAUGACAUUCUUGGGGCUGAACUCAUUGGAGUUGUGGAAAUACCUGUUCACAGGAUACUCCCAGGAAAUGUUAUUAAUGAUUGGUUUCCCAUCAUUGGUCAGUAUGGAAAUUGCUUAAAACCUUAUCCUGAGUUGCAUAUUUCUAUUCAGUAUAAGCCAAUUGGAAUAAAGCCGUCAGAAAGUGUCAGUUAUGAGGAUGGAACAGCUUGUUUAGGAGUUCCUAAUACAUAUUUCCCUCUCAGGAAAGGAGGGAGUGUGACUCUAUAUCAAGAUGCACAUUUGCCAGAUGGUAUGCUACCUGAGAUUCCACUGGAGGGUGGGAAAGUGUUUCAGCACAGUAAAUGUUGGGAGGAUAUAUGCCACGCAAUUUUGGAAGCUCAUCACUUGAUAUAUAUUAUAGGGUGGUCGAUUUAUCACCCAGUAAGGCUUGUUAGAGAGCCAACAAAACCAUUACCUUCUGGAGGAGAGCUUUCACUUGGAGAGCUGUUGAAAUACAAGUCACAAGAAGGGCUCCGAGUGGUUAUGCUGAUUUGGGAUGACAGAACUUCACAUGACAAGUUUCUUUUGAAAACUGAUGGUGUCAUGCAGACUCACGAUGAAGAAACCAAAAAGUUUUUUAAACAUUCCACGGUUCAUUGUGUGCUAUCUCCACGUUAUGCAAGCAAUAAGCUCAGCAUUUUCAAGCAACAGGUUGUGGGAACCCUCUUUACACAUCAUCAGAAAUGUGUGCUUGUAGACACUCAAGCUUCUGGGAAUAAUCGUAAAAUAACAGCUUUUAUUGGUGGUUUAGAUCUAUGCGAUGGCAGAUAUGAUACACCAGAGCAUCGGCUUUUUUGUGAUCAAGAUACAGUCUUUCAUAAUGAUUUUCAUAAUCCUACAUUUCAAGUGAAACAGAGAAGGAAAGCAAAUGCACAGAUUAGCACCAACUAUAGGAGAAAGAAAAAAAAUUCAAAUGGAAUUGCUGAAACUGUAUGCUAUAUGAAACAGAUAAACUCUGGUGGACCAAGGCAACCAUGGCAUGACUUACAUUGCAAAAUUGAUGGUCCAGCAGCAUAUGAUAUAUUGACCAACUUUGAGCAAAGAUGGAGGAAGGCCAAAAAAUGGCGUGAUUUUCGGCUCAAAAAGGUGACAAAUUGGCACGAUGAUGCUUUGCUUAGGCUAGAUCGUAUUUCAUGGAUUCUCAAACCAUCUUUUGGUCCUGAUGGUGAUGAAGCUGUUCAUAUAACUGAUCCAAAUGAUCCUGAGAGUUGGAAUGUGCAGGUAUUUAGGUCCAUAGAUUCUGGAUCUGUAAAGGGCUUUCCAAAGGACUUUGACAAAGCUAAGGCUCAGAAUCUUUUAUGUGGAAAAAAUUUGAAAGUAGAUCAAAGCAUUCAUACUGCUUAUGUAAAAGCAAUAAGAUCGGCUCAGCACUUCAUAUAUAUUGAGAAUCAAUAUUUUUUGGGAUCCUCAUAUCAUUGGCCUUCAUAUAAAAAUGCAGGUGCAAAUCACUUGAUUCCCAUGGAGUUGGCUUUGAAAAUUGCUAGUAAGAUCUACGCAGAUGAACGUUUUUCUGUAUAUAUAGUUAUACCGAUGUGGCCGGAGGGUGUUCCAACAAGUGCUGCUGUUCAAGAAAUCUUGUUCUGGCAGGGACAGACAAUGUCUAUGAUGUACAUGAUUAUUGCUGAUGCCCUUAGAAAAGCAGGGCUAUCAGAUCAGUAUCAUCCACAAGAUUAUCUCAAUUUUUACUGCCUUGGAAAGAGAGAACCUCAAUGCUCAGAAAGUCCACCUACACAAAAUCAAUCUUCUGAAAAUCGUUCUUUGGUAUCAGUUAAAAAAUUCAGACGUUUCAUGAUUUAUGUUCAUGCCAAAGGAAUGAUUGUUGAUGACGAAUACGUAAUCAUUGGAUCAGCAAAUAUCAACCAGAGAUCAUUAGACGGUUCAAGAGACACUGAAAUAGCUAUGGGUGCUUAUCAACCAAAAUAUACGUUUAAACAAAAGAAUUCUCAUCCACGUGGCCAGGUUUAUGGAUACCGAAUGUCACUGUGGGCUGAGCACCUUGGUAGUCUUGAUGGCAUUUUUGGUGAACCUCAUAGCCUUGAAUGUGUUAGAUAUGUCAACAAAAUUGCCAGACAAAACUGGGAAAUAUAUGUGUCUGAGGAAAAUAAUCAAAUGAGGGGACACUUGAUGCAGUAUCCAGUUAAGGUCUGCAAGACUGGAAAAGUAACUGCACUGGAUGAUUAUGAGUGCUUUCCUGAUGUUGGUGGCAAAAUUCUUGGAUCAGCCAAUUCACUUCCGGAUGCACUGACCACAUGAUUAACCAAAGUAAGUUUUAGAGAUAAAAUUCGCCAACAGAUAGCUGCUACCAAUUUCAGCUCAACAAAAUAGGUCAUUAUCAAUGGUAAAGCCAAUUUAGACUCUUAAAAAUCACCUUUAGAAACAUAAUAUGUAACAUUAUGGAAUGAUUACCCUUUUUGUAUGUAAAUUUCUGUAUUUGAUAGUGAGUGAAUAAGCCUCAGAGGAUCCUCCUUCCUUUCCUAUAGCAAUUUAAUAUUGUAUAUUUUGACAAUUAGAAGAAAAGAAGCUAUACCAAAACCAUACAAAAAAGUUUCAUGUUUG